AUGAAGGAGAGUUUGGUGUGGAAGAUAAUUUGGAAAUUACCUCUCCCAAAUGCUGCUAAAAUUUUUUUCUGGAGAGCCUGCCAGAAUGUGUUACCCACAGAAGAUAAUCUGCUUAGAAGAAAGGUGGUAAAGGAACCUUAUUGCCCAAUCUGUGAGAAGGAACCUGAGACAGUUGUGCAUGCAUUAUGGGGAUGUCCAGCAGCAACAGAUGUAUGGGGCUGCAGCAAGAAAAUUUUCCAAAAAUGCGCUACUGAAGGUGUGGAUUUUCUGCUCCUUGCAGAACAGAUACUGUCAAGAUGUGGGUCUGAGAAUUCGGUAUUAUUUGUUCAUCUUGCCUGCCAGAUUUGGUGGAGGAGAAAUAAGUGGGUCCACGAUGGAACCGUCAUCAACCCAAAUGUCAUAAUACAAGAAACGACCAAGUUCGUGGAAGAAUAUAAACGCGUGAAUGAAGCGGUAUUUUCUGCACAUGGGGUGAGCACAAGCACCCAAAGCAUUAGAUGGUUAGCUCCUAAUCGUGAUUGGUAUAAGGCGAACUGGGACGCUGCUUUUGAAAACUCUACUGGAAGGAUGGGCAUAGGGGUUGUAGUUAGAGAUGACAGAGGAAGGGUAGUUGUAACGUUGAGCAAGCCAAGAAUGGGAUCUUUCGAGCCAACGACGGGCGAAGCGUAUGCUGCUUUUCACGCAAUGUGUAUGUGUAGAAACCUGGGCAUUCAAUGUCUUUAUCUGGAGGGUGAUGCGAAACUGAUAGUUGAUGCCAUUAACUCAAGUACGAAGACAUGCAGCCGAUAUGAUCAUAUAGUGGAGGAUUCACGUUCUAUUUUAAACACAUUCCCUAAAUGGAAAUGUGGUUUUAUACACCGUGAAGCUAAUGAGGCGGCGCAUAGGCAUGCUAAGGCGGCUAUAACAGAUGUCAGUGAUAGAAUUUGGGGGAAUGAUCCACAUGAUUGUAUUAGAGACAUUGUACUGAGGGAGCAAAUAGCUCUCUCCCUUGAUUGUUGA